AUGAUGAAACGAGCAAAAAAAGACGAAGAUGACGAGCAAACGGAGGGAGAGCCUUCGAGUAAGAAGUCGUUCAUGGCCAUACCACCUGUCAACGUGGGGCCUGUCUCCACUGAGGUUUGUAUAUGAAGCUUUCAUUUAGCUCUGAAUUGUGUAGUUUACAGUAUUACAGAAAUAUAAAGUUACAUAGUGUAUGAUUGUAUAAAUAAAAUUAUAUAAAGUGGAAUUCCUGUCAUUGGCUGCUGUGUAGACGUCUACAGUUAAUUGCUUGAGGUGUGUUAUAAAUUUGUGUGUGGGACAACAUUUACAAAAGUUUCACAAUACCCAAAUUGUUAACAGAAUACACAUAUCAUCAAAAACAUAUCACCUCUUGAAAAUGUUGCCCAGUUUAGUUUGUAUUGUGCAACCGAGAUAUCGGGUACUCUUGGUGCUUUCUAUAUAUUUACCAUUAAAUUUUGUAAAUCUUGCAUUUUGAAUUUUUAAGUCAGGAAUGUUGCCAUGUCACUUUUGAAACUGUCACAAUUUAGAUGUAAUUUGUAACUAAUUUCCCUAUUCAAUGCAAUGUCACCUGUCACAAUUUACCUUCAAAAACCUCCCUAAAUGACACACACAUCCUUUGUAAUCUGAUAAACUUUCACUCUUUGAGUGUAUUUGACCAACCCCAGUGAUGGUCAGCACUUCUUUCCAGCUAUGGUACCAAACUGACCUGACGUCAUUUUCGGAUGAUGAAAGAGGUGUUAAAUGGCUAUGUAACUAACCCUACCCCUAAUUUAACCCCUAACCGCAACCCUAAACAAAUUAAUACAAAAUCCAAAACAAAACAAUUUUAGAAAUUGUUCAAAUGACGUAACGUUAGUUUGAUAGAUGGAAACAGGUGAAAACUGUUUGUGAUUUUGCAGGAGGAAAUGGAUAUCCAAGUUUUAAGAUUUCAAAACAAGAAACUUGGUGAGAGAUUGGAAGAGAUGAAGUUUGAAGAAGAAAAUUUGAAAAUACAAAUUGAAGAAUACAAGAAGAGAGAACGUGACAAUACUGAGUUGUUGUCUGUUAUACAUCGAGCUUGGAAUCAGGUAAUUCUGAGCUUUAUAUACACCUAAUUUGGAUGCACAAUCAACCUUCUGCUAUAACCAUGCUGUAUUUGUUAGAGACAGACCAGUUCCCCCUUUAAGAGAUCAGAAUUUUUUUCAUUUUGGCUGGUAUAUUGAACACCAGAACAUUUUGGGGCAAAUUUCAAUGUGUAUCAGCAGGAUUUUUACUGAAUUUGGUAUAUGAAAUAUAUAUGAAUAUGAAACUGUAGCUAUAAUAAUUAUUUUUAGAUGGAAGAAGAAACAAGAUUGUUAGUGGAGAGAUUUGAACAACCUGCCAAUAACGAGAAUCAGGAUUUAGGUAAAUGUCAAUGGCAGUUUGUUAUGGAAUAUUUUGGAAAAGGUCAAAAUGCAGUUAUUCAUGUUGCUCAGUUUGAUGAUUGAUUUAUAUUCCAGUCAGCUCAGUUAUAGUCCAGUAAAGAACAUAGCUCAGUUGAUUGAUUAAUUCAUGGUCCAGUUGUGCAUAUAAAGCUCAGUUAAUAGGAUUAUAGUCCAGUUAAUUAUAAAGCUCUGUUGAUUGAUAUAUUGUGCAGUUAACAUAUAGAGUUCAGUUGGUUGAUUUAUAGUCUAGUUGUACAUAUAGAGAUCAGUUGAUUGAUUUAUAGUCCAGUACAUAUAGACCUCAGUUGAUUGAUUUAUAGUCCAGUUGUGCAUAUAGAGUGCAAUUAAUUUAUAGUCCAGUUGUACAUAGAUAGCUCAGUUGAUACAUAGUUCAGUUUUAUGUAUAUAGCUCAGUUGAUUGAUUUACAGUCCAGUUGUACAUAUAGAGUUCAGUUGUUUGAUUACAGUCCAGUUGUGCAUAAAGAGCUCAAUUGAUUAAUUUAUAGUCCAGUUGUACAUAUAGAGCUCAGUUUAUGUAUAGUCCAGUUGUAUAUAUAAAGCUCGGUUAGUUGAUUGAUUUAUUGAUCGUAUUAGUUCUAGAUGAUAUGACAAGUAUAUCGUUCAUCAAACAUCUGAAACAAGUGACUCCAGCAGAAAGAGAGGAUGAACUGACCAAGAAGAUAUCUGUGUCAAGAGACAUUAUUGCCAAGCUUUUAGAACUUGUGAAGAAUGCUGAUAAAAAUACCAAGGAUCUAAUACAACAACUAAAUGAAGGUACCUGGAAUACACAGAAAGUACGUCAUUUUGGCUAUGGAGCCUCGUUUUCAUGUAUGUGAGAUUACAUAAAACCAAGCGUUGCAAAUGGUCGAUCACUUCAAUGGCCAAAAUGACAUACUUUCUUGUAGUGUUGGGACAAACGUCUUGUUAAUUUCUCAUGUCACAACUUGUCAUUGUAAGCUUAUUGUAUUGCCAAUCACUCAAUCUAUGGUGAAUGUUAACAUAAGUAAACAUUAUAUAGUUGAUCUGUAAAUAACAUUUAAACUGUGACAAAUUUAUUAUAUUAUUAUUAUGUUAUUGGGGUUAGUGAAAUCAAGAUGUAGAUAUUCUGGGUUUUGAUUUUCAAUUGUCAAUAACUUAUGUGCAAUUAUAGCAUGUGUAGGAAAGCCGAAAUUUAAAUAUAUAUUUCAUUUUGUGAUUUUUCAAAACAGAAGAUUCAGUUGAAGAUGUCACGAAGGGGGCAAUGAAUAGUCUGAAAUCCGAAAAUGAGAAUCUUCAAAAAUUAGUCUCUUCACUUCAAGAACAACGCUCAACAAGCUCUCUGGAGGUAAUGUGUUGACAAUAUGAAAAAUAAAAGGAAAACAUAAAAUAUAAGGUUAGAUGCCUAAACGGAACAGGGACCUAACACUGCAGAUAAACUAAAUUUUCACCUUACAUUUAGUUUGCAGAACUUCGAGACAAGUACGCGAUGUCUCAAGACGAACUCUCUGAGAAGAACACGAGUCUACAGGAAGCUGAAUACGAUCUACAGAAACGCAAUCGUAGAGUUGAGAGAUUGUUGAAACGUCUUAGCGAGGUAGAGAAACAAUGUAAGACCUUGCCAGCUGGUGUGAUCUCCGAAAAACCUGUGAAGGGAGAACAACCUUUGAACACAGGAGAGGUAAUAGUGGAGAACUUUAAGUCUUGUCUCAUGAUUGAUUCGCGAUUGUUGUGACUCAGUCGUGCUCAUGGACAUGACAUCAUUUUGACUUUUGUGUGCUGCAUGCGAAUCAGCCUUCACAAGAUAUAUCGACACUCUAUUACGUGUAGACUGCCUCGCAGCCGCUCUUUGUAGAAACCUCGACACAAAGAAAGCAAGAAAACUAAGCUACAUCUUUGAAUUCUAUUUAUUGGCCACCAAAUAUGAUACUAGCACAUAUAAUGAAAAGAAUUUUAACAUUGUUAUAAAUGUUGGUUGACCACGAUCUGUUUUUCUUUGACUCUCAAUCUUGACGCUGUUAAAAUGCUAUCUCACUUAUUGUCCACCAAAUAUGAUGCUACUACAUUUCAUGAAAAUAAUUAACAUUAAUACAUUCUCACUCCGAUAACUACAUGUUGACCACUAUCUGCUGCACGAUAGUGUUUAGUGAAACCGUCUAUUUUUUCUUCGACUCUCAAUCUUCAGGCUGUUAAAAUGCAAUCUGACUUCGAAGAACAGAAACUACUUGCAGAACAACGUUUGACUGAGUUGGAAAAGUUAACAGAAAAUUAUAAAGGAUCACUUGAAGAGAUUGAAAAACGUAAAAUGGAGGUCAGUCACUGUCAGCGUUGGGUACCCAAUCUUAUGAAUAAAUUAACUUGUGUUAGUAGUAUACUUUUCCCCUCUAUGACCAGUGUUUGUUUCCUGCAAUAUGUCUGAAUAUUACCCCCUGUUAUAUUCUGUCAAAUACCACACGUUUUCUCCGGUAAUAAGGAAGGGCCGUACUUGAUCUUGGGGGAACAAUGUUGUUUAGUUUAUAUUGGGCCUCUAGAAAGAACAGUUUGAACUGAUAGAGCUAUCCAGUGUAAAUAAAGUUAGUUUAGUAAUUUUAGUUUAGGUUUCCUCCUGUAGUAACACUGGAUCAAUAAGAGAUGAAUCUUACUGGACCUCAGGAAGAACAGUUUGAACUGAUAGAACUAUCCAGCAUAAAUAAAGUUAGUAUAAAGUUUUUAUAGUCUUCUUCAUUUUAAUUAGGCGCUGCAGAUUCCAGAAUCCGUCGUUCUUCAGUCGGUGCCAUAUCGAACAUUACAGUCUCAAUAUUCUGUUAUCUUUAACGAACUAAAUUUGGUAUGAUAUGAUUUUCUUCAUUUUUUAUAAGUGGUGUCCAGAUUUUCAGCAAGUGGUAGGUUGUGGCAGGAUCUUUUAGACUAAACUUAAGAAUUUUCCUCCUAGGCUCGUCAGCAACUUGAAGAUAUAAGAAGAGUCGCAAACAACAGUAGAACGCAACAUAUACUUCAGCUUGAGCAAUUGGAGGUACCGCUUGGAGCUAUUAUGUUUUAUUUACUGUAUAUUUUCAUAAAUUUACGUUGACUUGUUUAUUGUUUCACCACAGAACGAAAGUUUGGCAGUUCAGAAGAAAUUUCAAACAGAAAUCGCUCGCGUGGAAGACGCGUUGAUGCAAGUUCGCCGCGAUUACGAAUUGCUACGAAUGAAAUACGAACAUUAUUUGAAAACAAACGAACAGACAGGUUGGUAAAAAUAUUGUUUCAGAUCUGUCGGUACUGCAGGGGCUUGUAUAUCAGACCAGUGACGUCAGUUUGUUAUUCAAACGAGAAUGGGAGUUGAGAGUUGAGAAGCAAGAGUUUACCUGAGAGUUUUCUCAACUCUCGACUCUUGUUCUCGUUUGACCGGGGCAUGAGAGUUGAGAAAACUCUCAUGCAAACUCUCACUUCUCAACUCUCGUGCUACUCUCAUGCAACUCUUGUUCUUGUUUGACUGGGGCAUAAGAGUUGAGAAAACUCUCAUGCAAACUCUCGCUUCUCAACUCUCACGCAACUCUUGUUCCCGUUUGACCGGGACAUGAAAGUUGAGAAAACUCUCAUGCAACCUCUCACUUCUCAACUCUCAUGCAACUCUUGUUCUCGUUUGACCAGCUAGGACUUGAUGAGAGUUGAGAAGCGAGAGUUUGCAUGAGAGUUUUCUCAACUUUCAUGUCCCGGUCAAACGGGAACAAGAGUUGCGUGAGAGUUGAGAAACGAGAGUUUGCAUGUGAGUUUUCUCAACUCUCAUGCCCCGGUCAAACGAGAACAAGAGUUGAUGAGAGUUGACUAUAUAUUACCGCGCGAAAACUCUCAACAACUCUCAGAAAGAUUUGAACCAGUUCAAAGUCAAUGAGAGUCGAUGCUUUAGGCUCAAAUCUUAGAAAACUAAGUUAUAUAUUUUUUUGUUUUCAGGUCCCCUGAUGAAAGAAAUGGAUAAUAUAAUUAAAAGUUUACAAGUAUGACCUUUUUAUUUAUUUACACUGGAUAGCUCUAUCAGUUCUAAACUGUUCCAGUCUUACUGGCCCCGUGUUACUACAGCAGGAAACAUAAGCUAACUAACUUUAUUUUUACCACCCAGGGAAAACCUCCGGUGUUUGGUAGGGUCUAGCCUACAUGGCAGGCGGUAUUUCCCAGGCUUGCCCAAUUUUAAGAACCGCCUGCCAUGCAGGCUAGGUAGGGUCCAACUGGGGGCACUCUUCUCAUAUAACUGAAGGGCAGCUUUUAAUCAAACUACUGCAUAUUAGAGGACUGAUAUUAUCAGACGUGAAGACACGUGCUAUAGCUAGUGUGACAUAAAAAAUAGGAAUCUGUAUUCAGUGAUUGUCUAACUAUACGUUUUGCAAUUUUAGAAUAGCAAUCGACAAAUCAAGGGCGAAGUUGUACGUUUUAAAACGAAACUUUCUAAGGAAGAGGAAGAGACGAAGAGGGUACUAUACUUAACUAACUUUAUUUAUACUGGAUAGCUCUAUCGGUUCUAAACUACACUCCCUAGAGGUCCAGUAAGGAUCAUCUCUUAUUGAUCCAGUGUUACUACAGGAGGAAACCUAAACUAAACUAACUUUAUUUAUACUGGAUAGCUCUAUCAGUUCCGAACUGUUCUCCCCUAGAUCAAGUAAGGAUCAUCUCUUAUUGAUCCAGUGUUACUACAGGAGGAAACCUAAACUAAACUAACUUUAUUUAUACUGGAUAGCUCUAUCAGUUCUAAACUGUUCUUCCUAUAGAGGUCCAGUAAGGAUCAUCUCUUAUUGAUCCAGUGUUAUUACGAGAGGAAACGGGAGUACCUCGGAGAAAAUCUGUAAUUUUUUGGUAGAGUCAAGGGUGUUCAAUUUAUGUUUUGAUGUUUUAGCUGCAUACUGAAUUAGAAAACAUAAUAUCUGGCAAGAAACCAGUGACUGCCACACCAGUGACUCAGGAGGCUUCUGCUGAAGGUACAGCACCCUCCUCCAUUGGUGAAGAAACAACGAAAACUGCCCAGAAGGAAAGCCAAGAAGACGGUGAGCUACCGACAGACAGCGAGGAAUUGAAAGCUUUGAAAUCCGAACUCAAGUAGGUAUUUGUUUUGGAACAAUGUAAUUCUAGACUGAAAAACAAAAACAGAACAUUCCAACAUUACGAGCAAAGGCAGUUCGUGGGUUUCAAUAAGUUUGUUUUUUAGACAAUCACAGGAAAGUCAAAAAGAGAUGAAGAUUAUGUUGGAUGUUUAUAAAGGUGCAUCAAAAGACAGUCGAGAACGACUUGAGGUAUAUGGUAUGGUGUGGUAUGAUAUGGUAUGGUAUGGUGAGGUAUGGUAUGGUGUGGUAUGGUGUGGUGUGGUGUGGUGUGGUAUGGUGUGGUAUGGUGUGGUGUGGUGUGGUAUGGUGUGGUAUGGUGUGGUAUGGUGUGGUAUGGUGUGGUGUGGUGUGGUAUGGUAUGGUGUGGUAUGGUAUGGUAUGGUGUGGUAUGGUAUGGUAUGGUAUGGUAUGGUAUGGUGGAGUGUGGUAUGGUGGAGUGUGGUAUGAUAUAAUAUAAUAUGGUGUGAUUAAGGUAUGAUUUGAUAUGGUGUUGCAUGGUAUGGUAUGGUAUGGUAUGGUAUGGUAUGGUAUGGUAAGGAACGGUGUUUAAUGGAACACACAUUUAUUCUGUUCAGAUUCUUGCAAAUGAGAAACGUCUCAAAGUUGAAAUCGAGGAACUUCAUGGGAAGAUAGCGGAAGGCAAACAAGAGGUAGAGAAAUGUAAAGCUGCGAUGGCGGAUGAACUUGCUUUGAAAAGACUGAAAGCAGCCAACGAGACGAUUGAGAUGUUACAGAGGAAGAUCGCCGCAACUAAACAGGUAUGAUGAUCACGGUAAACAGGAAUUGAUUUACUGGUGGUGCGGGUUAGGGUUAGAAUGAGCGCACCUAAUGGUCUAAUAAUGGUAACGGUAGCGGCAGUCAUGUCUGUACCUCUCUUCUAUCUCUGUUGUCAUCUCAGGAAGAAGACGCCCUACUUUCGGAGAUGGAGUUCACGGGACAGGCGUUUGAGGAAAUGCAGGAACAAAAUAUUCGCGUUCUACAAGAAUUAAGAGAGAAGGAAGAAGCGAAUUUAAAAUUGAUGUCUGAAGUAAGGAUGAUUAUUUUCUAAACUGUUCCCCCUAGAAGUCCAGUAAGGAUCAUCUCUUAUUGAUCCAGUGUUACUACAGUCAGUUUGGGAGUCAAACUGGAAGCACUUCUUCACAUGAAAUUAUAAUCAGAUAAUUGCAUAUUUACGGGAAUGGUAUACCCUGGUCACAGAGAUAAAAGAUGCAUGCACUCGCGACUACCAACACUCUUUGUCUUUUGCUCAUAAAUCAUGAAUGAGUUCAAGAGAAUCAUUUCUUCACUCCAGCGUAUCAAAGGAGAUCAGAUUCAGAAACAACUAAAAGAAGAGAAAGAUGUGAUGGCAGACCAGAUCACUGCGUUAAACACACACAUUGACGCUCAAGAACAAGUUAUUAAAAAACUAGAGGAACGCGAGAGGAGUCUUCAGUCAACACUGGUAUGUGACUGUGUAGUAGUGAUUAGCUAGUAAGAUUAACAUUUUCAUAGCGUAAAUUUACAUGUUGGUCAUGAUCAAAUGCGCUUUACAUCAAGUAUUACGCUUACCUAAUUACAUCCUUUGCCUAUACACGCGUAAAAACGCUCGGGUUGAUGCAAUACUGAUGAAAACAUGAUUGAACAAUGCUUUGCUGCCCACAUUGUUCAUCGUUGUCAACAAUAUUGAACAAUAUUGUUACACCCGAUACAGGCUCAACAAUAUUGUUCAAUAUUGUUGACAAGUGUGAACAACGUGGGCAGCAAAACAUUGUUCAAUCCUGUCGAGCAACGGGCUCGGCGUUUUUUGCCGUGUACACUAUUUUAUCUUUACGACAAUUGUGAUAUUUACUUUCUUAAAGUGGGACUAACAUCAAAUAUGAUUUUUGGUAUGUAUAAUAAUUGGAUGAUUUUAAGAAGAAAUGUAAUAUAUCUUUAUAGUAAAAAAGUUUUUCUUAAUAGACUUCUUCACUCUCAAAGUUCAGGAUAUGACGUAAUUUGGGGCAUUGCAAAUUAGUUUUCCCUUGUUUUCGGCACUAACCUGAGUAUCGGGCUCUAUUUUACAAAUAGAGCCUGACACAAAACUUAACCUGAUCGCUUUCCACCCACAGCAAAGUUUAUAUUUAGUAUCCAAUCAAAAUGUCGCAGGAGAAAUUUAAAUUUGACACAACGACAACAACAAUCUAAUUAUAGCAUAGGCAGCCCACUAAACGGCUGAAUUUAAAUUAAAACUGCAAUGAACUUAUAAAAUUAACAAAAAUAAUCACAAAUUAGCGAAUGUAGCUUAUAUUAAAUCGCCACCCGAUUGCUCUCUCCUCCGCAGAGGUUUCAGUGACUACGAUGAGCUUUACAUGGCGCUUACCGUAUUUAUCAACAAACUGACAUAUAAUUAUAAAUUAUAUAUAUAUUAAGUAUACUUUAUAACUAUACGUCAGUUAGUCGAUAGUGCAAUCUGAUGGCGAUUUAAUAUAAGCUACAUUUGCAAUAUAUUUCGCUAAUUUGCGAUUAUUUUCUAAUUUUACUGCAGUUUUAAUUUAAAUUCAGCCGUUUAGUGGGAUCGUUAUAAAAUAUAUCAACAACUGACAAUAGUAUAAUCUAAUUAGCACCAGCCAAUCAAAUGACAGAUUUAAAAAAUCGUUUGUCUAAUCGGCCAAUCAGACGAAAAAGCCAGAAUCUGGCUUUUUACAUGCGCCGCGGUAAAGAAUUGUAUCAGGCCCUCCUUCAUUCGCCGUCGCCAAUUAAUCCUGGCGAAUGAAAACAUAAGGGCCUGAUACUCAGGUUAUUUCGGCACCUAAAAUUCCCCGAAUGACAUCAUAUCCGGCAGCUUCGAGAGCCGAAAAGUCAAUCAAGACGAGUUUUUUACUAUAAAGAUAUAUUUCAUUUCUUCUUCCAAAAAUCAUAUUUGAGGUUAGUAGCACUCUUAACUGUGUUUAUCCUAACCCAAUAUUUUGUUGGUAUCUCUCUCGAUUGAAUAAUUGUUGAAGGAUAUUGUAGAUGGAAAUUAUCGAGUGGAAAUUAUAUACAUUUAUUAGACCUAACCCUAAACCCACGAUUUUCGGCAGAGUGUUGACUGACUCUUCACACGAGUGGGCAACAAGAGAAUCAAUGCCCACGAUUUGAGGUGAAAGGCGCUUGUUGUCUGUGCCACCGAAGCCCCCAAUAUCUUCAGUAUUUGUUCAUCAGAGAAACUCCAAUGACACAUGUUUCUAACCUUGUUUUAGUUGUCAAUUGAUAAGGAGCUAGUGUUACGACAGCAAGCUAUGGAUCUCCACAAGAGAAAGGUACAUUGUGAAGAAAGAAAGUGGGACGUUUUUGAGCGAAUGCCCUUCGCUACUAACCUUAGUUGUCCUGGCUACUAACUACCUCACGAAACCGGACUCGAAACGUCGAAGUUCUCCUUGUAUUUUUCAUUUAGUUGUAUCCCUAUCAAUCGGAAGAUUUCUUAUUAUUGCCACUACCUACACUGGCACACACCGUUCAAAAUUGUUCUGAGUGUUAACAGCAUUCUGAUUCACAUAGUUGGCAUGCCGUGAAAUUUUAGUUUUGUGGUAGUUGCCAAAUCUUCGACCAAGUAGUUAGACCAUGCUGGCACAGCCUGGCGUAAAUAACUGGCUUAUGAAGGUGUUAGGCAUGAAUAACUCCCUUGCAGUUAAGAUAUUUAGCAACACUCCCUUCGUUUCUGGAGCUGGUCUUGUAUCCCCAAAAUUUGCAAUUUCUCUACGGCCGCAUUUUGAAUCCUGAGAUGGCCUCUGAGGAGAUAGCGUCGCUCCAUGGCUCGUCUACAAUCACAAUAGUUGCUCGAUCUUCAUCAACCUUGAGAUCAUGCUGUAAAUUAUCUCUGAUUCAUUGCAGGCAACCGAAAGUGCUCAGAUUGCGCAAGAUUUUAAAAUCCGCAUAGAGUCUUUUCAACAGCAGCUACAAGAGGUAACGACUGACGAAUAAGGACUUGGGGGUGUUUGGAGGUGUUGGUGGCACCAGGGUUCAUGCAUGUGCUAUUCACGUGGAAUUUGAUCCCUGCAAUAUGCAGUUGUCGAAUUAUAAUUUCACCUCAGUUACGUACGAGAAGCAGGGGGUGUCAUAAUUCAAUUUUUUUAGUCGUAUCUGACUGGUACGCCAAUGGUUGUUGCCGCAUACUUGCACAAACUCAGUACUCAUUGUGUACUCAGUCAUUAAAAUAACGUUCAUAAAGUACAGGUUUCUUGAAAAUACGUUCAGACUACGAGGUAGAAAAAAAAAGCACAAUUGCAAUAUACAAACAAUCGACUCCAACGUUUCUUAGUGCCAUCAGUGCAAUCAUGUUUCAUGCCAAGACAUCUCAGACACAUGAUAUACCAACUAAAUUACGGUAUUGAAUACCUCGGACUUGGAAAGGUCAUGUGCUACCAGGAAAAUGUAAGUACGCAGAUAGCGAGAGUUCCGAGUACCUACGUGGUACGUGGCUGAAAACAAAGAAGUACCAGACCGUAAUAUUGGCGUAAGUACGCGAAUUAUCGCACCUUGAAUUAUCGCACCCUGAAUUAUCGCACUUUGAAUUAUCGCACCCUGCGAGAAGAAUUCUUCCACUUUGAACCCAGCAAAUACCGCAUGUUUUCUACUACAAUAUUCCGGUUUCUUCCUGUAGAAACAUUGGGAAAUUUAAGGAUGGUCCUUGAUUUCUAGGAAUAACAGUUUAGAUAAAUUCUGUUUAGGCUGAAAAGUCCUUGAGGACCAAGACAAGAUCUUUAGAAGAAGAGAUAUUCAGAAGCAGACGAAUGCAGGUACAUCACAUUCUUGACUAAAAAAUCAAACUUUUAUCUAUUCAAAUGUUUAUCACAAAUUUGUUUACACGGAUUGUUUAUGACAAAUUUGUAAACUAAGCUUCCACUAAGUCAUGUCGAAAUAUUUUUUUCCCAGGAGGAGAUUUCGAGUUUCAAACGAAAACUCGAGAAACAGAAGAAGAUGGAUAUCUAUGGCACUGCAGAUGAAAUACUUCUGGAAGAGAUCAAAGAAUACAAAGCCCGGCUCACGUGUCCUUGUUGUAACACGCGGCAGAAAGACGCCAUUUUGACGAAAUGUUAUCAUAUUUUCUGUUUUGAAUGUUUAAAGACACGUUACGACACGCGGCAAAGAAAAUGCCCAAAAUGUAACGCCACUUUCGGGAAUAACGAUUUCAAGAAAGUUUAUUUGUAAAAUAUGGACGAGGAUUAGGUUCAGUUUUAGAUUUCUGUGAAAAUUAUUUUAGAUCAUACGUGUAAUAUAUGAAAACUUACACAAACUCUCAAUUUAUUGAGUGCACAGGAAGGAGGGCGGCUGUAUACAUCUCCUAACCUUGGGGAGUAGGCUUGCCGCCAGCAAGCAUUCUUUAUCAAAUCCAUAUGUUUUGUUUGAAAGGCAAUACACCCUAAUUAACGUCGAAGUUCACCUUGUAGUUGCUUCAAUCUGACGUUUUCCAGCACACCUUUACCACCACUCAAUUCUAUUUAUGUGUGACCAAAGACAUGACAAUACACCUUACCGAUUAUUCUCUUUCACCCAAUUGCCUCGUUUUCAUGUCAAAUACUUACUCGUGUUUUGUGCUUAGUAGGGUUGAAAAUUACUUUGUUAUUGAGCCUAAGAACAGCAAGAAACAAAUUCGUCCAGGAAAACAUGAGAAUAUAAUCUUUAUCUGCCCCUGACAUGCUGAAAUAAGUUAACAUGGAAACGAGGCCAUUGCGUAAAAGAGAAUAAGCGAUAAGGUCAUAAUAAUGAAAAUAAUAAUUUCCUCCGGAAUUAAACCCGCCCAUAGGAAGAUUUAAAUUGCUUCAUUUUCCUCCCCAUAUAGGAAGAGUUGAUGCUUCAUUUUCGAUACCAUGAAUAGACAAGUAAAACGAGAAUUAGAUAAAACAGGAAGUAGAUUGUGGGUGGCUCAACUUUCGUGUGAAGCUCUGUAAUUGUAACAUGUUUGGACCCAUCCCUCUCAUAAAGUUAUUAAUCCCCGUUGUUGACGGUUUGAAACACAAACUUAUUGUUUUUAUGACCAUGUAUGGUGGGUAUUCCUUGAAUCACAUGGUAACCAAUAUUCGACAGAUUUUUUAUACUGGAUUUGCUCAAAACAUUUACGUUUUGUUGAAAACAUCGCCUUUAUUUAUUUCGAAGAUCCUGUAUUAAAAGGCGAACUUUCUAUGCACAAAUCUGAUGCAUGUGUUUACGCAAACGUAAAAUAUGCAAAUGUUUGCGUAAUUUAUGCAAAGUAGAAAAAUAAUUGCGCGCACUUCUGAAAAUGUGUGCGCGGAUUAAUUAAGGUGGUUUCUCAGAAAUACAGGCUCGCCUGCUAUGAUUUCGUACUAUUUUGUGCGCGUCAUUGAUGUGUAAAAAUCAUUUUCUCUCCACGUACAUAAUUCUGGAGAUCGUCAAACUGUGAGCGUCGUGACCUUCCGAUAUGAACGAGGAAGUGAUUAAAGAUUGUCGCGUCCGCUCUAAUUAGAUCCUAAAUAUACUUCAGUUUUAAUUGUUUUGAACUCUCGGAGGAACUGAUACUGCCAAGAUUGAUGAGUAGGCGUUUUAGUCACAUGUGCUUAAUUGUUGUUGACCUAUUGUCUAAAUAACAAUAGCCUGCCUUAUCACACAAAAAACCCAAAUAAACCCUUACACAGGCUAUAUAGUAAAUCACUAAAUCCCGUAUUGAUUUCCAUGACUAUAUAUAUAUAUAUAUACAGGAAAGCAAGUUUAUUAUGUAAACCGUUAAAUGUAUUGAAGAAUGAAAUGCUAGCCAGGAUUUUUUAGUUGUUUUAAAAUCUCUAUAAUAAACACGUCGAGAGGAUGAUAUCACGUCUCAUACCAACCAGUAUUUAAGGAGAAAUUCAACACGAAAUUGAAACAAGUUUGAGAAAUAUUAUGACAAGUGACCAAGUACGGAUGAGCCCUUUCCUAUUUUUAAUAGCCCUGAAAUGAAUCGGGCAGCUUCGUGCUGUUAAGCCAUACCAGUUCUGUACGAUCCCCACUUCCCAUAAAGCACGAAUGCUUAAUCGGGAAACGCCCGCGCACGUCUGCGUUUUGUAAUUUUCUUCGGCUAUAAAAUAUAUGUCAAUUAGAUUCGAACUUUCAUUUAAUUUAAACAGCAUCGAAGGCGCAAGCGCGUCUCUCAUAAAAAUGAAGUACCCACUUAUCGAGAAAAUGUAAGUUUAAUUUAACAAACCGUUUUAAAGGAUAAAGAUAAGAAAAAUUGCCUAGAUUGAAAUUUAGCGCGCAAAUCAUUUCAAGUGCGCGAACUUAUCUUCAAAUGCGUCAACUCCAGAGUGCGCAUGACACCGAAUGGAUAACACCGCUGUCGUGAUGUACGGCGGGAGAAAAAGGUGGUAAUCGGUCAAACCUUCAAAAAUUAGUGUAAAAAUCGACUGAAAUUAUUUGUAGAUUUGUGGCGAUUUUACCCAGAUAGUGGAGUGCAUACCUUUGGGAUUAAUUUCAAUGUGAAAAUCAGGUUCUAUAUGUUUUAUUAGACAAGAAAAGCUGAUGACGGCCCGUGGCAAAUCGCGGAGUUCGGCAGAUAUCUGCGCCGACUGUAGUGCAGCGAGUAUGUAUAGAUUCAUAUCCUGUCUUUUUGUCUAGCUUUGUGAGGCUUUUAAACCAAGCUAGCGUGUUGAUUUUGUGCUUUUUCCCCUCCUUAGAUCCGGCAUGGGCUUCGAUAAAUCGUGGUGUGCUUAUUUGCAACGACUGCUGCAGUGUCCAUCGAAGUCUAGGCAGACAUAUCAGUCAAGUUCGACAUUUGAAACACGGCAGUUGGACACCAUCUCUCCUUCAAGUAAAUAUUUAUAUCUCGUAAUUCCCGUCUGUGUUAUUUUUACAAAUAUUUAAUCAUCGUUUCUUAAACUGAAUGCCUGUCAUUUAUUCUAAUUUCCCAUAUAUUUUACACCCUCGAGUUAGGAUAUUAAUUUAAUGUUUAGACUGGUUUUGUCUUUUUAGAAUGAGUUAUUUACCGCUAGAAUUGUUCGUAUGUUUGAUCGAUAGCCGUAAAUAAUUUAUCGGAAAUAAAUUGAACAAGCUAUAUAUUUUCACUUUUAUUUUUGUUGCGGAAUUGAAAUGUUCCUUGUAUUAAAAAUACCUGCAGUCUACAAUUUCAGAAAUAUUUCAUUUGACGUUCUAGAAUUUCGAAUUCUGAUGCCCAACGUAAACAAAUCGCUUAUAAAUAAAGAGUAUAACUUGAAUUGUCAUGCGAUCAAUAGGCUACUUGUUUUAAUAUAGGUAUAUUGUUGUAUUUUUAGUCAAAUAAACCGUAAUUUAAAAUAGUUAAUAAUGAUUUAUGUUCAUUAAUGGACAAAAAUCACACUGUGCAAAAUGUAGCCUAAUUGUUACUUGGUAUUCUAAUUAUGGAGUAAAUGAAUUUUCUAGUAUUUUGUUGUAUACUUGUCCAAAUUCUAAAAUGGAAUGGGUUUCUAGAAUGUUUAGCAUGCCAGCAAUAUUAACGAAAGCAACUAAACAACAUACAAUUAAUUUAAUUUGUUCAAGUGAGGCAGUCCCUACUUUAUUUUUUGUAUCCAAAGUGGAUUACAGACGAGGAAGUUCUUCGUGACAAUUGUAUAUGACAAAUUUUAUUUCCUCCUCUGUAUAAGCAACUUUGCCAUUUUUUUUUCCGUGACAAGUACACCUGUUGAAAAGCUAACAUGCUAGCCUCAGAACAAUUGCACUUGUCGUAGAAAAAAGUUGAGAAAGUACAAUAUAUGUUCAUCUGUAUGCCUCGACAAAGAAAAAUGAACUAGAUACGUAUUUUUUAUGCCUUUGUACACUUCGGUGACAGCCGUAAUAAAGAGUCUAACACCAGAUGGGUUAAAUAUAUUUAUUUUUUAGAUGGUCAAUACGCUAGUGGCAAACGGAGCUAAUUCAAUCUGGGAGCAUUCUCUACUCGAUCCAAAUCAAAUAAAAAGUGGAAUCAGAAAGCCUAACCCUAAAGAUCCCGUAAUGUAAGCUUGUCAGUCCUAGGCUGUCUUUAACAAAACUUCAUGAAUUAUUUAGACAUGUACUUGUGAAGUUCGCUACAUUUAAAACUAAUUAAAAGUAAUAAUUCAUUUCAGACCAACAAAAGCAAAUUUCAUCCGAGCAAAGUACCAAAUGUUGUCCUUUGUUCAUCGGCUGCCUUGCAGAGACGAUGAUGAAAUAUCCACGGCAGAUCUUAGUCAAGUAAGAGAAUCAUCUUUUUUCAUCUUAUGAUAAAAACCUAUCCUUAAGGAUGCCUUUCUUUUGGGCAGUUAUCUAAGACGGGCCUCUUAUUGUGGACACAUCCCAAAUAUGGUCACUUUUCUAUUACAAAUAGUACCUGGGCUAUUUUCCAACAUAAUUCUCAUAUUUAUUUUAAUUUAGCAACUUCAUUCAAGUGUUAGAACUGGAAAUUUAGAAACAUCAUUGAGGUUAUUGUCCUUGGGUGCGCAGCCUAAUUAUUAUUUUCAGGUAAUGGUCGUCAGAAUUUGAAUUUCAUAGUAAGUUUUACAGGUAAACUAUGCGAAGCGUUCCUCUUUUGAGUUCCUAAGUUGAUUGCAAUUUUUCUCAUUAGCAAAUUUGAAAAACUCCUUUGCAAAUCCCUUGAGGGAAUUUGCAAUGUUCCAAAGAGCCAAAUAAAUUUUCCUCAGUUCCUGUUGGAAGUUCUUAAUUUCCUGUCACAAGUUCCUAAUGUUCUGUUCUGCGCAUUGCAAUUGGCUAACAAAAAUAAACCACCACUGAUAAUACUCAGAACAGAACAGGAAGUCAGGAAAUUAAAACAGGAACUUUCUUUGCAUUGGAAUAUUGCAACGGCCGACAGGAAAAUUGCCAAAUUCCUCAAGGGAUUUGCUAAGAGUGUUUUAAAUUUGCAAAGCUAAUGAUGAAAAUUCCAAAUGAGUUUACCUGUAAUAAAAGCUUUCCACGGUGGUCAACUGCAGAAGAAUUGAUACUUAAUAAAGGAGCAAAAAAAUUAUACAACUCCUAAAAUUAUACAAUAUUUCAAUUUUAUUUAUUUGCUUAUAAAGCUACGUUUACACACAACGAUUAAUCAGGCCGAUGUCAGGUUUUCCAAAAUGUUAAUGACGAAUGUUGUCAGUUGACGAUGUUGUCAGAUCACAUUGACAGCGUAUUUUUCAAAUAACAUUUACUUAAAGCUGAAUCGGCCCAAUUAAUCAUUGUGUGUAAACAUACUUUAAUGAAAAGCUUUGACAUGAUUUCAUUCCUUUGCUUUGCUAACUGUCUGUUCACUUAUGUCUGUUCACAAUAGUACUCAGUAAAAACCACCAAUUUAUGGAAAAUGUUUUAAAUUUCUAUUGUUGCAGGAGAAAGGCAACUGUCCACUCCAUAUUGCUGCAAAUGCUGGCCAGUUACUUCAAGUUGAGUUACUCUGUGUUCACGGUGCUGACCCGUCUCUGUUAGAUAUCGAAGGAAAGCCUCCAUUGGAUUAUGCCAUGUAAAUAUAUUUACUACCUUUUACUGUGUUACUGUUAUAAGUAAUUUGGCCUGAAAUCCUUCAUUUGUAUGACCAGCUUGUUCAUGAUAGUCUUUAUGGCAUGAAAACUGGCUUGAAAAAGCUUUUGUAUUCCAUGUUUUUGUUAAACAAUUUCAUUCGAAUAAUUUUUAAGGGAUGCUGGUCAUAUGUCGUUGGUUGAAAGAUUGAUCAAUUUACAGUGUGAGGUCACAGAUAGAUUGACGUAUUAUUUAUGUGGCAGGAAGCCUGGUGGGUUAAACUUGAAGUGAUUAAAGUUUUGAAUACUUUCUUUUAUAAUAAGAAAAUAUGAGCAUUGAUGUUAAAGCAGAAGUCUCACCUUUUUCAUGGUUUGUAAUUUGUGUUUAGAUCAUAAAGAUGGACACAAAUUUUUUAUCCCAGCAAUGGCAAACAGGUAUAAUUUCAUUUAACUUUUAAUGUCUGAUUAUUACUUGAUUAUCAUUUCUUUGUUUGUCCUGGCUCGUCAGCUUUCUAAGUGAUCAAACUAUUAAUGUGAACACAUAAUUUAAUGUUUCAGCUCUCUAGAUUUAUCUGAAAAUGCAAAACUUGCAAAACAGAAACUACAAUUGGUAGGUUUAGAUUGUCAAAGUUCUUAAUUGUCUGACAUUUCUGUAAAGUUUAUAUUGGUGUGUCAUCUAUGGUACAUUAAAUUUUACAGUUUUAUAGCUAGGGAGUAUUGUGACUUGUAUUCUAAUGGUGGCUUUCUUUACUUAGUUAAGUAACCAUCUCUUUGAAGAACUAUCCUCAGAUGUAUACGAUGAAGUGGACAGACGUGAAACUGAUGCAAGUAAGUUGAAAGUUGAUAGUCUUAUGUUCACAAACCGCACCUGAAACCAUGUUAUAUUACACAUACAAACGUAACUGUGUACCGUAUGUUAUAGUUUGGUUAGCGACACAGAACCACAGCGACUUUGUAAGUGACCGUACCGCUGUACCAUUCCUGCCAGUCAACCCAAGCUACUCAUCAACCAGGAAUCAAGGAAGACAAAAACUUGCAUUGUUUAAUGCUCAAGAAUUUUCAACACUUGUUCUUGAUAUUGUUAUUGAUGCCAGGAGAAGGGAAAUGGGCUCUCAACUCGACUUGAAUGAUGGUAUGAAAGCGUGGAUUGUAAAAUGUGGCUUAAGUAUCAAUAUAUACAAUAUGAUUGAUUUAUUUCAAUGAAGAUGUAAGCAUAAAAUAUAUGAUUUUGUUUUUCAGAUUUCAUGGAUAACGAGUUGGAAAAUGAUGGUCAUGAUUAUGAUGAAGUUGCCAGCGAUGACGGCAUACUGGAGGUAAUGAACAGUACCCGGAUUAUAUUAAAGCCGGUUUCCACUGCACAGCUUUUGUCUGCCGCAUGGAACCUGCUUACAACUUGAGUUGUACUGUGUAAAUCAAGCACAUGAUUCGCCUACCUAGUACUGCAUGUGUAAAUCAACACACAAUUCACCUACGACAACCUAGACAAGUUGUGUGCUUGAUUUCCACAGAACAACUCAAGUUGUAAGCAGGUUGCAUGUGACAGACAAAAACUGUGUGUUGUAAAUCGUCCUUUACUCUUUAGAGAAGCAUCUCAACCAUCCGUCUGUCAGAUCAUUCAUCUUAGUGUAAAAUAUUUUCAUUCUGUUCAGCCAAUCAACGAAACUCGUGAGGCAAUCAAAGAAAAAAUUAUGACAGAAAAGCAGAUGAUUGAUAAAGAAAAUAUUACGGAGGAAGAGUCAGAGGUAUUGUAGAAAUGAUCACUAGGAGUUAGUAUGGCACGGGAGGUGCUGCCUCAAACUUGACUACCUCAACAGAUAGAUUGUGAAAAGCCUGGGCACACAUUUGGUAUUUUGUGUUGUUCAAAGCGCCGAUAAUUCCAUUUGGGAACACUGGACACACUCGUUACACUUUACGAGUGGUUUCCGGAAGGAUGUAUCAGUUGUAUUUAAUUAUUUCAUGGGGCUUUUUCGCAGAUAUAGAAAAAAUCUUAUUGUAUCUUUACUUUGUUUCUAGCCUGAGAGAGUGUUUGAGGCGUUCAAUACAGAUAUCCCUGAACCGAACGAAGACCAGAAAGAUUUUGUACCGAUUGCCCAAUACAAGAAACUACAAAAAUCCCUUUUCGAAUCACAGGUCGGUGAGAGAUAUGUUUUACAUCUUUACAUGUUUUUACUAGGAUUUUGCAACAGGGCAGGAAAAAGAAGUUUCUUUCAGAGAGCACAACCUGGAGACAAAAAUUUCCUGCGGACCAACGGAGUAUUUCUGUGCUAAAUCUGCAUGUGCAUAAACAUAUAGUGUUCUAGCUGACCAUGGUUUUAAAUUCAAGGAAUAAUGUCUGUCAACAUAUGUUGUUGCGCCCAUAGUGGGACAUGGGUGUUAAGGUUUCCUUCAAAUUUUCAAUAGCAAAUCUUCAUUCCAACGAAUUUCCUGCAGCUGUUUAACAUUUCCUGCGAGCAGUGCUCGUGUGCUCGCCUAUUUUUUCCACCCUGUUUCGCAAGAUCGAUUCCUGCCUGGAGGCCAGAAAAUUGUAAUAUAAUCUUUCGCUUAAAAUUCCCAUCUACAAAAAACCUUCAAGUAUUGAAUGUCAUGUUUGUAUUGUUUUAUCCAGGAAAGAGUCAAUGAUUUAUCUCGAGAGAAUGAAGAUCUUUUAAAAGAAAUAAAUGUAUUAAAAACUGUGGUAAGACUUGCGAAGAGAUUCGAAACAUUUGACGUUGCUCGCGAACGACCCUCAUCACAAACUUCGACAGUUGAAAUUUUUGGGUAAAUCUUUCAACUGACUUUUCUCUCCCAGGUUCUAACGUUAAAAGAAGAAAUUUCAAAUCAAGAAGUUUUUCCUCCAGUCGCUGAAGAACCUAAAACAAACGGACAUUUACAUAAUGACGAUAGUAUAACGAAUAUCGUAAGUUGGAAAUUUAAACUAAACUUACUAGCAGCAUUUGUAAACUCAGGCUCGUAACGAAAGGUGGUACAAUGGGGUGAAAUUUCGAAGUUUUCAUCAACAAGGCCAAAAAAAAUAUGUGGGUUUCCGGUUUCCCGACCCUACCUAGCUUUUGCACACCAAAAUCCCGACCCUAAACUUUUUUAUUGGAUCACUUAGAGGAAAACGUUUGUGGAAAAUGAAAAUUUGAGGCAAUAUUAGGGAAAUUUAUGUUUGGAUAUGGAAGCACUGACUAAACAAAAUGGCGUCCUGUUGUUAGGAAAAUUUUUAAAAAAAAGUUUAAAAAAAAAUUAAAAACCGACCUACCCUACCUACCGUUUUUACAAGAGGAAACCCACAUAUUUUUUUUGACCCAAUUAGUUCUAUCGAGUGAAAUGCCCAAAAUCUUGAUAUUUGCCCAGACCUCUUACAUUGGCGUCACUCACGUGUAUAUGCAUGAACUUGUGGUUAGAGUUCGACAACUGGUCUCUGUAGCUCAGUUGGUUAGAGCGCUGCACCGGAAUCGCAGGGCCUCCGGUUCAAUUCCUACAAGAGUGCCUAUAGUUGCAUUUUUCACAAUUGCUCGUUAGGUCUGACAAGGCCAAAAAAUAUAUAUUUGGGUUGCCAAAACUUAGGUUAGGGUUUUCUUUUUUUUUUUUGUUAAAUUUGUUUUUAUAAAGGCUCAUGCAUAAGAUAUUUCACGUCAAUUACGACAGCACAGAUGGCACAAACAUUUGUUCAAUGUUGUAGCAACUUUGAAACAAACAGACUUCAUAUAGAUAGUACAAAACUAACGCCACGAAAUGGCUACGAAAAUUGCUCCAAACUCUUUGCAAACCUCAGAUAAAAAAGAUUAGGGUCAGUGAUUUCAGCGGCCAAAAGCUAGGUAGGCUCAGGAAACCCAGGUAUUCUUUACUUUGGCCUAAAUAGAUAUAAUAAGAAGAAGAAGAAAAUUAAUAAUAAUUAAAUUUCUAGAGCGCAUAUACAUUACUGUUCUAUGCGCUUGUAAUAAUAAGUUCUUUGUAGGAUUGCAUGGCGAUAAAACAUGUAAUACUUUUUGUUUUUGUGGAAACGUAAAUUUACGCGGUGUUUCCACAAACAAAAAGUAUUAUAUAUAUAAUAGUAGUACCAAUGUAAAUAUCUGACCUAGGCUGAUCAAAACGUAAUCGAGGACGAAGACUCUGAGGAUGAUAUGGUCGACGUCAGCGAGAUCAUAAGUUACGAAGCUCCAGGUGCUUUGCUUAAGAAGUCUCGGGAGACAAUCAACUCAAACUCGUCUGCAAAAAUGUACGACAACGUUCCGAAGACGCCGCCGCCGAAAUCCAACGACAGCGAAUCGUACUUUCACGGAGAUGAAGAAGGCGUGAUUACUGAUUCAGACGGUAAGAAUGACUUUCAGCAUAUUGGACGUUUUAUUCCCGUAGAUUUCAUAUCUCACACAGUGGUCAGUCUGUAACACUGGAUCAAUAAGAGAUGAUCCUUACUGGACCUCUAGGAAGAACAGUUUAGAACUGAUAGAGCUAUCCAGUAUAAAUAAAGUUAGUUUAGUUUAGGUUUCCUCUUGUAGUAACACUGGAUCAAUAAGAGAUGAUCCUUGCUGGACCUCUGGGGAGAACAAUUUAGAACUGAUAGAGCUAUCCAGUAUAAAUAAAGUUAGUUUAGUUUAGGUUUCCUCCUGUAGUAACACAGGAUCAAUAAGAGAUGAUCCUUACUGGACCUCUACGAAGAACAGUUUACAACUGAUAGAGCUAUCCAGUAUAAAUAAAGUUAGUUUAGUUUAGGUUUCCUUCUGUAGUAACACUGGAUCAAUAAGAGAUGAUCCUUACUGGACCUCUAGGAAGAACAGUUUACAACUGAUAGAGCUAUCCAGUAUAUAUAAAGUUAGUUUAGUUUAGGUUUCCUCUUGUAGUAACACUGGAUCAAUAAGAGAUCAUUCUUACUGGACCUCUAGGGAGAACAGUUUAGAACUGAUAGAGCUAUCAUCCAGUAUAAGUAAAGUUGGUAUAUUGAAAUAUUUGUACCAGAAAACAUGAAGCAAGAACUCGAAGACGAAGCUCGACGUAUCAUGAACGAAGCUGACAGUCUCAUCAAUCUUUCUCAACCUCGACUUACGAAGGAAGAAGUGGUUCUGUGCACUGAACAAAUUACAAAACGUAUCCAGGAAUUAUUACUUGCUGCUCAAGCUGGAAAACACAGCAGGUGUGUGGACAUUGGUUUGGUGGGAGGGUAGGUGGGUGGGUGGCUAUGUUAGUAGAUGGGCUAGUGGUUGGUUAGGUAGGUAAGUGGGUGGGUAUGUUGGUAGAUGGAUUGAUUGUUGGUUGGUUGGUUAGGUUGAUGGGUGGGUAGAUGGGAUGGUUGGUUGGUUAGGUUUAUGGGUGGGUAGAUGGGAGGGUUGGUGAUUAGGUAGGUCGAUAGAUUGGUGGGUAGGUUGGUUGGUUAUGUAGAUGAAUGGGUGGGUUUUUAGGUUGGUAGGGUAGGUUUGUAAGUUAGUUGGUAGGCUUGGUUAGUUUCAUGUAACUCGCAUAUAAAUAUUUCCGGGUUUUAUUUCUAUAGUUUUAUUCCAUGUUCAAAUAAUAUCUUAUUCGCCGUCAAGAAUAUGACGUCAUUAUUUCCUGAGGUAAGUGCAGGUUGUUUAUUUAACGUUGUUUAAGCGUUUAUAUGUGAAACAAUUUAUUCACUUUAUUAACUUUUAUGCAUGAACAACCACUAGAAAAUAAAUUUAAGAAUAUACAAUAAUUUCAGAAAUAGUUUCACAAUAAUUUCAGAAACAUUAUUUUCUCACACUGAUAAGCGGGACAAUGACUCUCGACCAAUGAAAGCGCUUGAAUUCUUAAGGUUAUUAUAUAAUAAAAACAGGCACCAACUUCAAAUUUUACUCUGUAUAGAACCCGCCCAUGAUGGCUGUCCGUGCAGCGCUCGACCUCAUGAACCAGAGCUCGGUGAGACUCGAGGUCGAAUGUAAAAACACUGUCCUCCCCGAGAACUCUAUCGAUAUGGCACAACUCACACAACAAGUCAUCCAGUGCGCGUACGAUAUCGCGAAAGCCGCGAAAGAACUGGUGACUACCGUAGCAUAUUAA